CCGGCUUCUGGCGGACGCUGAGAUGCUGCCGCUUCACCUCUAACUCGGACUAAAACUCGCAACCCCUCUCAGGCUUCACCAUGCUGCGGGUGGUGGUCGAGUCCGCUAAAGGACUCCCCAAAAAGAAGGUGGGAAGUCCUGAUCCAGUGACCUCCGUCAUAUUUAAAGAUGAAAAGAAGAAAACAAAAGUAGUUGACAGUGAGCUGAACCCCGUCUGGAAUGAGGUGGUGGAGUUUGAUUUGAAGGGGGUGGCGCUGGACUCCUCCUCCUUCCUGGACGUGGUUGUGAAGGACUACGAGACUCUCGGGAGAGAUAAAUUUCUUGGGUCUACUAAAAUCUCCUUGAAGGACCUCGCCACAGGUCAAGUCAAGUCACUGCCCUCCAAAAAUGUGGCUCUGCUUAAUGAAAGUGGUCAGAAUAUUGGAGCCACCAUCAAUCUAGUGAUCGGCUAUGAUCCUCCAGCCAACACUGCCUCCAAUCCAAAUGACCCGCAGGGAGACGUGACGGCAGAUGCUGGCGGUGGGGGGGAGGCGGGGGAAGAGGUGAUGGACGGUGGCUCCUCCUCUCCUGGUCAGCCUGUCAAUCUGAACCGCCGGCUGGGCAGAGGUGCCCGACGACACCACCCGCUGACCAACAAACCUCAGGACUUCCAGAUGCGUGUUCGUAUCAUCGAGGCACGUCAGCUGCCUGGAAACAACAUCAAGCCGGUAGUGAAGGUGCAUGUGUGCGGUCAAACCCACCGGACGAGGAUAAAGAGGGGGAACAAUCCCUUCUUUGAUGAGAUGUUCUUCUACAAUGUGCACAUGCUGCCAUCAGAUCUGUUUGAUCAAUUCAUCAGCAUUCGGGUGUACAACUCCUAUUCUCUCAGAGCCGACAGUCUAAUGGGAGAAUUCAAGCUGGACGUUGGCUAUGUGUAUGAUGAGCCCGCACACUGCAUCAUGAGGAAGUGGCUUCUACUGAAUGACCCAGAUGACUCCAGUUCUGGGGCUAAAGGUUACCUCAAAGUCAGUCUCUUCAUCGUGGGGACUGGAGAUGAACCGCCGGUGGAGAAGAGGGAGCCCAACAGUGAUGAGGAUGACAUAGAGAGUAACCUGCUGCUGCCAGCAGGUGUUGCUCUGCGCUGGGUCGUUCUGUCUCUCAAGGUGUUCAGAGCAGAGGACAUACCCCAGAUGGACGAUGCAUUUAUCCAGACGAUAAAAGAAAUGUUUGGAAAAGACGAAAACAAGAAGAACCUGGUGGAUCCCUUCUUGGAGGCCCGCUUCGCUGGAAAAAAGCUGUGUACUCAGAUCAUUGAGAAGAACGCCAACCCAGAAUGGAACCAAGUUCUGCACCUGCAAGCCAAGUUCCCAUCCAUGUGUGAGCGCAUCAAACUCACGGUGUUUGACUGGGAUCGUCUCACUAAGAACGACGCUAUCGGCACCACCUACCUGAACCUGGCCAAGAUAGCGUCCUCUGGUGGAGAGAUAGAAGACGAACAUGCAGGAAACAGGCAACUGGAGUCAUACGAAGCGAACACUGGGGAGUCGGAAGUGGGUUUUCUUCCAGCCUUUGGGCCUUGUUAUGUCAACUUGUAUGGCAGCCCACGAGAGUUCACCGGCCUGCCUGACCCCUACGAGGACCUGAACUAUGGCAUGGCGGAGGGAGUGGCGUACCGAGGACGUGUCCUGGUUGAGCUCUCAACUAAACUGGAAGGAAAAGCAGACAAGACCGUUGACAGCAUCUCCAGUGACGACAUCUUAGUGGCACAGAAGUACCAGCGGAGGAGGAAGUACUGUCUGUGUGCCGUUUUCCACAGUGCCAGCAUGAUACAGGAACCCGGCGAACCAAUCCAGUUUGAGGUCAGCAUCGGUAACUACGGUAACAAACUGGACACCACCUGCAAACCACUGGCCUCCACCACCCAGUACAGCUGUGCUGUUUUUGAUGGUAAUCAUUACUACUACCUGCCCUGGGCAGACACGAAGCCCGUGGUGGUGGUGACGUCUUUCUGGGAAGACAUCAGCCAUCGUCUGGACACGGUCAACAUCAUCCUCUACAUCACCCACCGCCUGCAAACGAACCUGGAAGAAUUUAAAAGUGCCGUCUCAGCGAAAGCCGGGGAGCGCCGCCUGGUGGAAGUUUGGCUGAAGCUGCUGAAUGAGCUCAUGGAAGACAUGGAAAGCUUCCCGCUGCCUGAGCUGGAGGGCCGUCCCAACCUGACGGCGCUGGACAUCCAGAUUAAGAAGCUGAGAGACGGCAGCAUGCGGAGCAUCAGGGAGGCCGCCAAGUGGAUGAGAGAGGAGGCAGCGGAGGUCAGAGACACGCUGGCUGACAUUGAAGGAUGGAUAGACAAACUCACACAGCUGGCUGAGGAGCCUCAGAACAGCAUGCCGGAUGUCAUCAUCUGGAUGCUUAGAGGAGAGAAGAGAGUCGCCUACAGCCGAAUCCCGGCACACCAAAUCCUCUAUUCCACCUACAGCCAGCAAGCCUGUGGACAGCACUGUGGCAAGACACACACCAUCUUCAUGCAGUAUCCCAUGGACAGGAACAAGGGCCUAAAGGUGCCGGUUCAGAUACGAGUCAACAUGUGGCUCGGUCUGUCGGCACAUGAGAAGAAGUUCAACGCUUUCUCUGAGGGAACCUUCAGUGUCUUCGCUGAGCUGUAUGAGAACCAGGCUCAGGUGUUUGGGAAGUGGGGAACUACAGGUCUGGUGGGACGCCACAAAUACUCUGACGUGACGGGGAAGCUGAAGCUGAAGCAGGAAUACUUUCUGCCCCCUAGAGGCUGGGAGUGGGAAGACGACUGGUUUAUUGACCCGGAGAGAGGUCUGUUAACAGAGGCAGAUGCAGGACACACAGAGUUCAUGGACGAGGUCUUCCACAACGAAACCCGGUUUCCAGGCAGAGACUGGAAACCUGCCACUGAGCCUUACACUGAUGUGAAUGGGGAGAAGAGCCAGACGCCGGGCGAGUUUGACUGUCCUCCGGGAUGGGAAUGGGAGGAUGAGUGGACGGUGGACGACAACAGAGCUGUGGACGAUCAAGGCUGGGAGUAUGGGGUGACCAUCCCUCCAGAUGACAAGCCUCGUUCCUGGGUGUCUGCCGAGAAGGUUUACCACGUCCAUCGCCGGAGGAGGCUUGUCCGACCCCGACGGAGAGCCGCUCCGCGUGCUGGCACCUCGGCAGAGAAGCGGGACCAAGGCAACCCCGAGGGCUGGGAGUUUUCUUCUCUCAUUGGCUGGAGGUUCCACAGUAAGGAGCGUUCAUCUGACAGUUUUCGCCGCCGACGCUGGAGGAGAAAGAUGGCGCCGGAGAACCGCCUUGGAGCAGCUGCCAUUUUCAAACUGGAGGGGGCAUUGGGCCUCGACACCGAAGACAAAGACAAGGACUCGAAGGGAGAUGCAACUAAACUGUUUGGGGCCAACACACCCACAGUGUCCUGUUCAUUUGACAGGUCGUACAUCUACCACCUGCGUGUCUAUGUCUACCAGGCCAGGAACCUCAAGUCCAUGGACAAGGACAGCUUCUCAGAUCCGUACGCUCACAUGUCCUUCCUGCAUGUGAGCAAGACCACCGAGAAGCUGAAGGCCACUCUGAAUCCGACCUGGGACCAGACUCUGAUCUUCAAUGAUGUGGAGAUCUACGGAGACCCUCAGAACAUCACCCAGCAGCCCCCCAGUGUUGUACUGGAAUUCUUUGACCAUGACCAAGUGGGGAAAGACGAGCUGCUGGGUCGGAGUACCUGUCGCCCGCUGGUGAAGCUGAACGCCAGCGUAGAAGAAACGCCCAAACUGCAGUGGCACCCCAUCUUCCAGAGAGGUCAAAGGGCAGGAGAAGCACUGGUGGCUGCUGAGCUCAUCCUGAAAAACAAGUCGACCGAAGCUGACCUUCCUCUGGUUCCCCCAAAGAGAGCUGAAAACCUCUACAUGGUCCCUCAGGGCAUCCGACCUGUGGUCCAGCUCACUGCUGUGGAGAUCCUUGUGUGGGGCCUGCGGAACAUGAAGCCUUUCCAGUUGGCGGCCGUGUCCUCUCCCAGCCUGGUGGUGGAGUGUGGAGAACAGCGCAUGGAGUCUGCUGUCAUCAAGAACAUGAAGAGGAACCCGAACUUCCCCAGCUCUGUCCUCCUGCUCCGAGUGCUCCUUCCUAAGGAGGAGAUGUACUCGCCUCCUAUUGUGCUGAAGGUGAUUGACCAUCGUCCGUUCGGCAGGAAGCCGGUGGUCGGUCAGUGUACCAUCAGCUCUCUAGAACAGUUCAGAUGUGACCCGUAUGUCAUCACCGCAGAGGGAGCCAUGGCCUCCAAGAUGGCUCUGAUGAUGGCUGCCCCCUCCCACCACGUGUCUGUUGACAUGGAGGAAAGCCGACCUCUGUUGGAAGCUCAGUUUAUGUACAGUAUGUCGACCGCUCUCCACAAAAUGACGUCUUCUUCCUCCCACCUUGAAAAAGAGUCCAUUGACUGGUGGAGCAAGUUCUACGCCUCCAUUGGUGAUCAGGAGAAGUGUGAGCCAUACCUGAAGAAAGGAUACGACACCCUGAAGUUGUAUGACCGGGAGUUAGAGGACGUGGCUGACUUUCAUGGGCUGACGGAUUUCUGCAGCACCUUCAAACUGCAGCGAGGCAAAGAUGAGGACGGAGACGCCGACCCGUCCGUGGUCGGAGAGUUCAAGGGUUCAUUCAAGGUGUAUCCUCUGCCGGACGACCCUGGCGUGGCCACUCCUCCGCGUCAGUUCAGAGAGCUGCCGGACAGCGGACCCCAGGAGUGCCUGGUCAGGAUCUAUGUGGUCAGAGCUCUGGACCUGCAGCCCAAAGACAACAAUGGAAAGUGUGAUCCGUACAUUAAGAUAUCACUUGGGAAAAACACCAUUGAGGACAGAGACAAUUAUUUACCCAACACCAUCAACCCUGUCUUCGGCAGGAUGUUUGAGGCGACGUGUUUCCUGCCUCAGGACAAAGACCUGAAGAUCUCCGUGUAUGACUACGACCUUCUGAGCCGUGACGAGAAGGUCGGCGAGACGGUGAUCGACCUGGAGAACCGCUUCCUGUCCCGCCACAACGCCUACUGCGGCCUGCCACAGACCUACUGCGUUUCUGGGAUCAACCAGUGGCGAGACCAGCUGAAGCCCUCUCAGAUCCUGGAGAACCUGUCCCGGCUCAAAGGCCUGUCCAAACCCAGGACUGAAGACAACGGAACCAGCCUCACCUUCAAUGGAACAGACUACACCCUGGCUGAGUUUGAGGGAAACCGAGAGAUCCAUCAGCACCUGGGCCCGGCCCGAGAACGCAUCAGUCUGCACGUGCUCAGAACGCAGGGCCUGGUACCAGAACAUGUAGAGACCAGAACGCUGUACAGCAGCUUCCAGCCAACACUGUCUCAGGGACGGCUUCAGAUGUGGGUCGAUGUUUUCCCUAAAAGCAUGGGCAUCCCCGGACCUCCAUUUGACGUCACGCCACGCAAGGCCAAAAGGCAUUUCUUGCGAGUUGUGAUCUGGAACACGACAGACGUGAGUCUGGACGAAACAAGCAUCACCGGAGAACACAUGAGUGACAUCUACGUCAAAGGGUGGAUGUCGGGGAUGGAGGGAGACAAGCAGAAGACUGAUGUUCACUACAGAUCUCUGGACGGAGACGGAAACUUCAACUGGAGGUUUGUCUUUGAAUUCGACUAUCUGCCCGCAGAACAACUCUGCCUGGUCUCCAAGAAGGAACACUUCUGGAGUCUGGACAAAACCGAGUUCAGGAUCCCGCCGAAGCUGGUUGUUCAGAUUUGGGACAACGACAAAUUUUCUUUGGAUGAUUAUCUAGGUGCGGUGGAGCUUGACCUGAGGAACCUGACGCCUCCUGCUAAGACUCCAGAGAAAUGUUCCCUGGACAUGUUGGAGGAUCUGGAGACCGGAGCGCCGCUCAAGUCUGAACACGCCAAGUCUCUGUUCGCCCAGCAGUCGGUCCGGGGUUGGUGGCCGUGUGCCGCCCAGCAGAACGGACAGAAGGUUCUGGGAGGAAAGGUGGAGAUGACUCUGGAGGUUGUGAGUGAGAAAGAUGCAGAUGAGAAACCUGCAGGAAAAGGAAGAGAUGAACCCAACAUGAAUCCCACGCUCAAUCCUCCAAAACGCCCGGAAACGUCCUUCUUUUGGUUCACCAACCCCUGUAAGACCAUGAAGUUCAUUGUGUGGCGGAGGUUCAGGUGCCUCUUCAUUGGACUCAUCAUCCUCAUCAUCGUGCUGCUCUUCCUCGCCAUUCUCUUGUACUCUUUACCGAACUACAUCUCCAUGAAGAUCGUGAAGCCGCUCAGCUAACCGGUGAGACCAGCGCAGCCCAGCAGGCUUCACAUCAGCUGUGGUUAAACCGGAUCAGGACUGACCAACCACCUGGAGGAGUUUUUACUGCGUUUUCUGAAUACUCUGAGGAAGAGCUCGAUGGGGGUGGGGGGUGGGGGGGUAAAGCCUUUGCACUACGUUAGCAUGCUAUAUAAUGAACACUUUUCACUUUUCCAUUCUGUUGUGCACAGAGAGAGAAAUAAACACCUGCUUGUCUUUCCUCCACUCUUCUGUUUGUUCUGUUGGAGAACGACUGUGAAGCACCAGCGGCUGUUGUACUGGGUCAAGGUUGUUAGACUGAAUCUAAUGGAGAAACUACCCGGGUCCAAGUG